CUCCUGUGGUCUCUCAGGUUGAACGAAAUGCUCGUCCAACAUUAUGGUUUUCAAAGGGGAAGAAUGGAAUACUAGUACAUGUGUAAGUCCAUCAGCCACUCAUCCAGCCACAAGAUCGACCUCAUGGCUGCAAUAUCUCAACGGUUAAUCAUUCUCGCAACGGUUAGAUACAGAGCGCAUCAUGCAUUAUUGGCCCCCGAAAAGCGAGAAAAACGCCUCCAAGACCCAUGGCCAUGGGUGUCUGGUCUCGGGCCAUCUUCCAAGAGACGACGCCUAACCGAGCUUCUUCUAUUUUCACCACUGCAUCUCAACUGCUGGAUUGUCUCACAGUGCUCCUUACAUCGGGUUUGUUGCCCUCAAGGCCCAGUGCAGCUCUAGCAGAGUGGUUCUCGACUGCGCAUCACUGCUGCCAAUGUCCAUCUGUCACAUUGUUAUGCCGUGCCUACAUUUCAUCGAUCCAUUGCUGUAGGCAAAACCAUCUCCAAGCCUCGCGUCGCCUCGAACCCGUUCCACCCUCGACCAACCCGUCUUCGGACAACCGAGGCUCGAAAACAAAGCACGGCCAUUGGGCUUUGGACAAGCGAGUAUGCCGUGUACGGAGCAUUCGCAUCGAGUAUCCUGUCCAUCGGGCCCCUUCACUUUGCUCCUUUGCCAAUGCGAAAGGGGACUCGGACGAAGUCAGGGAUAAGUGGAUAUUUCUGGUCUAGUAGGUACUUCAUAGAGAGA